UGUCAUGGCGGGCUCUUGGUCCACCGAUUGUUGCUCUACUACUAGCUGUGCAUGUGGCAACAAGGGCAAAUGGAGUGACUCCUCUCUAUUGGGCAAGCGGCUGUCCGAAGACUCUGGUCGCCACCAGCUGCUGCAGAAGUGGACGAGCAUGUGUAGCUCCAUGACCGGGGACGCGUCGGUGGCCUGCGAGGAGAAGGCGCGGCUCAGGGCGGCGGUGGAAGCGGCGGCGGCGGAGGAAAGGCCCAUGGUGUUCCUGUGCUCGGGCUGCCGGCGGCCGCUGGGCGACUCGCUGAGCUGUGUGAACAGCGAGGACACCGACUGCAUUUUGCUGCGCUGUGUUUCCUGUAAUGUUUCUGUUGAUAAGAAACAGAAGCUGUCCAAAUGUGCAAAGGAAAAUGGUUGCCUUCUUGAGACGUUGUACUGCAUGGGGUGCUCACUCAAUCUUGGCUGCGUAUACAGAUCCACUCCCAGGAAUCUUGAUUACAAGAGGGACUUGUUUUGCCUCAGUGUUAAAGCCAUUGAAAUUUAUAUUUUAGGGUCCUCUGAAAAGCAAAUUUUGUCAGAAGAUGAAGAGCUUUUUAAUCUUGAAAGCAGAGUUGAAAUAGAAAAGUCUCUGAAACAGAUGGAAGAUGUCUUGAAAGCAUUACAAACGCAGCUAUGGGAGACCGAAUCAAAAUUGUCCUUUACCAGUUGCAAAAGCUGAACUCUUUUCUGUGUCCCCAAUCUGUCCCUCAUCCCCCCCUUAUUUGUUAAAUAAUUGUAGAAUUACUUUUACAGCUAUGUUUUAUGAUAAAGAAAUAAUUGUUCUUCAAAUUUGAAUUUUAAAGCCAUUUUAUGAUACUUGGUGGAAUUGGAAUUUAGGAAUUUUUAUUUUGAUAAGAAACUGGGGUAAUUUUCUAAACUGUUUUCUCCCCUGUAUCAAAUUCAUUAUUCUUUGCUUUCUGUUUUUUUAAAACUUUAUUUUGCCUUUAAUACUUUGGAAAUAUUUAAUAUUGAAUGGUAAGAAAAUCUUAGAGAUUUUCUACCCACUGUGUGGUUGAAUCUUCUCUGAAAACUAAUGCAUUAAGCUGUCUGGAGAAACUGGUGAGUUGAAUUAUUUGUCAGAACUAUUUGAAGACUUGCACAAGAGCAAAAUAGCAUGUACGUAUAGUAGGAAUCCACUUUACCCUGUUUAUUUACUACUAUAAGCUUAAAAAAUCUGGAAGAAUACUUAAUUGAAGAGAGUAGUCGUAGUCAUCACUGAGGGAAGGAUUCUGGGGAAUUUUUGUUUUUUUAGUUUUCUAUAAUUUAAGACUUAUAGUAAGCUUGUAUUAUUUUUAUAAUAAGGGAGAGAAUAAAGAUUAAAACAAAGUGCUUUAAGAUUGAUUUUUACAAACUGAGUUGUGAUAUUUAACUGAGAUCAGAAAUCCUGGUACCAUGAAAUCCACACAUUUAGUAAGCAUGGCACUAUGGUAGGCCUGCUCAGGAAUAAAAAGGUAACCCCAAAUUUCCCCAGGCCCCUUUGUGAGUACAGUUGAGGUCACAUAACAGGACUCAGUAUGUGUAAGUAGCUCACUCAGCUUCUGCUCAGAAGUUCCCUAAUUAUUUCUCAGAAUACUAAAAUUAUCAUAGCAGAAGGUCCCAAGUCAAAUUGACUUGAUCAUUUGUGAUUAUUUUGUUGACGAUCACUACUGAUUGAAAAUGAGUGAGCCCUCUGGGUCUUCUCUCUUACAAACUUGCUAUCAGGUAGAAUAUGGUACCAUGGAAAGCAAGUGUCAACACCUGCUGGCAACAAGACAAUUAUCCUGCCUCCGUAAGCUUGGUGAAGUCCCAGGUGUCCAUUCUCUUAAGUGCUUUGGUGAUACCUUAUGUGCAAAUUCAUUCAGAACAGAUGGGAGAGUAUUUUAGCCACAAGAUGCAGCUAAACUGGUUGCAUAGGUAACUCCAACAAUUGUGUUGGGUACCAUUCCAAAGCCAUAGGUAAUUGGGCUCCCUAAUUCCUUGUACCCUGUCCAUCCUAGAGCAGGAGGGGCUGUACAAUAUUUGUAACCAGUCCACAAAUCUUGAAAGGUAAUUUCACCAAUGAGACGUAAUUUCUAAUAGUCAUGGUCCUAAUUAACUAAGCCUCUAUUGUGGAUCAACAGAUAAAUGUAGCUCACGUAUACCCUGGUUACCUCUAGAGUGGAACUUUGAGUAGCUUUCCAUCCCCACAUUGGUAUUCCCGGUUAGGGUCCUUCAGUAAAGUUAACUGACCACACCCUAGGGUGCAGAUGGAAACCAGCUACACAUUUAUAUCACAUGGUAUCUGCAAAAGCAUCUUAAAGUCAAUCCUGGGAAACAUUGUGUCUCAAGGCACAGUCCUCAUCUUUGGCCUAUCCCUGUGAUGUCACUGAAGAAGCGGCUUUGUCACCAUAGUGGGAGAGGGAUCCCUGAGGCUCCCAAACUGCUUAUCCUGAAGGGUCCAGGUUGGAGUGCUUUGCCCUCUUGGUGCUGCACAGUGACAUUUGCAGGAGACAUCUUUUCCCCACUUUGGGCCACCCCGCUCUUAGGGCUGUUUCCUUGAAGCCUGAUGGCUUGGCUUUUCUGGUUUUGCAUGAGGUCUUAUCAGAGUGCUGUUUUUCAUUCGUUUGUUUUUAACUUGUAUAAACCCACACAUUAAAAUCUGUUACUUGAGGCAA